AUGCAAAACAUUAAAAAGGUAUACACUUUGGUAAUCUUAGAGUAAAUAUAGAUUGAAAGAUGUGAUUGAAGGUAAGACAAGCAACGAUGAAAAAUCAGCCUAAAAAUUUGUUUAGCUUUCGCAUAUCAAAAAGAAUGUUUAAGAAUUCAAUGAAUUGAAAUCAACACUUCAGGAUCGCAAAGUUACUUUUGCUAAAUUUGCAUUUCGAUAACAAGAAUUGAUUGAUGACAAGAAACUAGGUCCAGUCUUGAAAGGAAUAUGCACUAGAACUAGAAUUGGAUCUAUGUAGAUCACCGAGUUAAUACCAAAGUUCGAUCUUUAUAAAUUUCUUAAAUAAUCUCAGUAAUUAUAUACCAACUUAAAAAAGUUUAGAACCUUCCAAAAGAGUUCUAAGAAGGUAUGCUCAUUGGGAAUGGGAUCAAGAACAAGAGGAAAGGAAGGAAGUACCUCCUUCUUAUAAGUUUACCUCAAAAACAGAGUUUGAGU